ACGGCAACGUUAUUGGCCUAGGUCCUCGUGGGGACAGAAAUAUAAAUUUUAGCAAAGUCUUGGAGAUGGAGGAAGGUGAAAAUAGAAAAGUAAAGAAGUCGAAAAAAACUUCAAAGAAGAAGAAGGCAGAUAGAUCCGAAAAAGAUGGUGACGAUGAAUGCAAACUGGAUGAUGAGAAAGUAGUGGACAACUUGAAUGAUACUGUUGUUGAAGAAUUUUCUAAAAGCUUAAAAAGAAACAAACCAAGUUCAGAGGAGUGUGAUAAAAAUUUGGAAGAUGUAAGUUUAAAUGAUGACAAGAAAAAGAGGAAGAAAACCAAGAAAAAAUCAAUCAAUGAUAGCAAAAUAGUAUUUUCAGAUGAAAUGAACAAUUUAGACGAGAAUAAGGAUAAUUUAACUGAAGUGUUGACGGAUAUGGACACUGCAAAGUUACAAAAAGUUAAAAAAAUCAAGCCAAGAAAGAAGAAAGAAGUGUUGAGUGACGUAGAGAGGUCGGUUACAGCAGAUAAAAAAGAUCAUGUUUCAGGACAGGAUGGAACUGAUGAAAGCAUGAAAUUAAAGGAAGUAAACCCUGCAAUUGAAUAUCUGGUAACUUGGAAGAAAGACAAAAACAAUUGGUCAUUCAAGAAGGUUCGACAAGUAUGGCUGUUAAAAAGCCUAUAUGAUGAAUCAAAGGUAUCAAACAAACAUUUCAAAAUUUUGCUGAAGUAUAUGAAAGAUCUUAAAGGUAAUUCAAGACAAGAAACACUGAAUAAGGCAAGAGAAAUAAUGGAGAAAAAUGAAGACGAAGAUAUAAACAGUGAGUUAUCAACGACGAUCCUUAGAGCAGAGAAAAUAGUCAAACUCUUGUCGUAAACCUAACUGAAUUUGUAUUCAUGAAGUUUCGGUAACAGGUUUUAAACGUAAAUUAGAAAUCUGAAAUGCCAAUCUAAAUUUGACUGACACACAGCACAUUGCAAAAGCUAUGCUUACCGAAAGCCCUCGAAUACGCCCCGGGGGCUUAUUUCGCAAAGAAAUUGAGGAGGGGGCUUUUUCGAAAGGGGGAUUAUUCGGAGGUGGGGGCUUAUGCAAUAGCCGCCUUGUCAGUAUACUUAAAAAUUGAAAUGUAUUUGGAUAUACCUAUUGCUUUCGAGACAUGUCUCAGCCAAAGGGUGCUUACUCGGGAUGGGGCCUUAUUUCACAGAAACUACUUUAGGAUCGUGCUUAUUCAAGGGGGGGGGGGGGUAUUCCAAGGUGAAGUUUAAAGACUGCAUGUAAUUUCUCUAACAGAAGCAAGUACCUCUUUCUUAUGUAACAGACACUUAUUACAUAACUUGGUACGCAUUGCUCCGAUCCCGAUUCCUUUCAAUAAAUCAUACGGUUCAUUCAAAAACCAAAUUACGUUUUAAAGCAAAAUUGUUGCGUAAGUUGGUUUUGGCGAAUUCGAGGUACGUGCGAGAAACACAGAGAUCAAAUAUACGAUGAACCUGCAGCAGGUGGCCAUCGAUGAUAUUCCCAUAGAGUUUGUUGCUCAGAAAAUCUACCACAUUGCCGUUCAUAACACUGAUAUGGAGAGAAUGUUGAUUUAUACCCGAAAGAAUUUUCUAAAUCAUAAUUAGCAAGAAUAGUGGACAUUUGGGAGUCAAGGAGAAUGUGUCAAAGCAAUAUAGAGUUGCUUAAUUUUUUAACUCAAAGUUAUGCUGUUUUUAAAAAUGUUAAAAUCUUUUGUUAGCUUGAUGAGAUUUUGUAUUGAUUGAUUUACUUCGAACCAAGCCAAUAUAGAGUCUUCAUGGUGUAUUUUUGCAAAGUUUUAUUAAUGAAAAUUUGAAUAAUGGCAAUUCUUAAUAACAGACGACUGACUUUAGUCAGCAAAGUGGUGAAAACUUAA